AUGGUGAUCAUCCUGGUGUAUGUGGAUGAUUUUUUCAUCACUGGCAGCAAUGAUCAGCUGAUUACUGAGGCAAAGGAGAUACUUCAUCAGCAGUUCAAGCUAAAGGACUUAGAUGAGCUCAAGUACUUCUUGGGCAUUAUCUUAAGGUCAGCAAUUGGGGUAGUUUUGAAUCAAAGGAAGUAUAUCCCAGAACUCAUUUCUGAAAUGGGACUCAGUGGUGCCAAGCCAGCAAUCACCCCUUUGGAGACCAAUAUCAAGUUAACUUCCAUUGUAUAUGAUCAGGCAACAGGUUCUACAUGUGACUCACCUUUAAAAGAUGUUAGUGCAUAUCAGAUAUUGAUUGGUCGUUUGAUGUAUGUGACUACAACAAGACCUGAUAUUAGCUAUGUUAUUCACACCUUGAUCCAGUUCAUGCAACACCCUAAGAAGUCCUACCGGGAGAUUGAUCUUAGGGUGGUCAGAUAUUUGAAAAAUGCUCCAGGCUAA